AUGCUUCGCAAAGGCGAUUUCGUGGAUCUACCGGACUUGAAGCGGUUGCAAAUCUGGUGGAAUUUAAACCUGACCACGGUGGAAGUGGGAACUUUCGACAACCUGCCGACAGUAACGGAACUCUUGGUUUUCAACAACUCUGUCGCCAUGUUCCCUCCCGGCAUGCUCCGCGGUCUGGACCAGUUGACCAGAUUUGACGGGAAUCACAACCACCUCGUCAUGGUUCCAUCCGGGCUCUUCACAAACCACUCCACCCUACAGUUCAUUGACCUUUCGUGGAACAACAUCUCCUCUCUUGAGCCUGGAAGUCUGGUUGGUCUCCAAAAUCUAGCCACGUUAGAACUACACAACAACAAACUUGGAUCACUCACUAUGGCUGCUCUUUCGGGGGUCCCGAAGUUACAAUAUUUAGAUUGCAGUUUUAACAGCAUCACAAAUAUCGAAAAGGGUAUAUUUUCUGGACUUAAAGACUUGAAUAGUGUCGCCUUUGAUAACAACAAGGUCACGGAAGUUGAUGGUUUGCUCCACAACCAUCCAAAGUUAGUAAGGAUCACCCUGCCGAACAACCACAUCACAAAUAUCCACAACGGCACUUUCGCACAGCUCCCCUCUCUCAGCUAUCUCGACAUUUCGAACAACAAAAUUAGCGUCCUAGAAAGCGGGGCCUUUGUUGAGUUUGACGCUCUACAGUAUCUCCUCCUGGCUAACAAUGGUAUCCAUGAAAUGACCCUUGCUGGGCUCAGUUCUCUCAUUGAACUUGACCUUGGUGACAACCAUCUUGGCAGCUUUCCCACCAAGAUGGCGGACGCCGGCAAACAACUACAGACACUGACGCUGAACAACAAUCCUAUCAACGAGCCUCUGCAUGCAGGGCAGUUCUCUGUUUUGAGAAGGCUGUCCAAUUUGAAUCUCAACAACAUCACGAGCAUACGGAGAGCCGGAACUCUGCAAGACCCGAAAGCACUUUGCGGCUGUGACGCUUUAGACAAAAUCUCUCUGAACCAUAACAACAUCUCAACUCUACCUAUUGAUGUUUUCGCCUGUACACCAACUUUGAGCUACCUAUACCUGUCGUACAACGAGCUAACAGAAGUCCCACCUGGCUUGUUUACCGGGAUGAGACAGUUGUACAGUCUAGAUCUUUCCCACAACCGUCUGAGCAGGCUACAACCCAAGUCAUUCGACGGGUUUGAAAAGAUGACGUUCCUGGACAUGGGAGGAAACAACUUCACCAAUGUUGAUCACGUGAUUCCAGCUUUCACAGGACCCUCGUCACGUUACUUCCCAGCUUUGUACGAGAACAAGAUCGUGUACCUGGGACCAGACUCGUUCCCAGGCGUCACGUCCACUACGUUUCUCAACUUUGCAGGGAACAGGAUACGGAUUAUAGAGGAAGGCGCGUUUUCCCCGGCGUCGUUUUCAAAUCUUACUGAAGUCAUGCUGGACCAGGGAAAUCUACUGCAUUUUCUCCCUGGUAAAAUAGCAGAGGGACUUCCCAAGUUGCUGAGCCUUGCUAUCGACGGCUGCCCUUUUCAGUGCGACUGUCAGCUGAGAGAUUUAGCCGCUUGGGUCCAGAGUAGGAAACCCCAUUCCUAUCCCUACGUGGAUGUCUUCUGCGCCAGCCCGCCAAAAUUGAACGGUAAAUAUCUGUCUGACAUACCAUUGAGCGAGCUGACAUGUGACUGUGACCAUGAACAGGCACCGUCCAUAGACACCAGCGGCAGUGAUGACCACGUGCAGGAGGGACAAAGCGCGAUGCUCAACUGUAGAGUGACUGGCUGCCCCCUAGCGGAACUGUUCUGGACUACACCAGGUGGUGACAUGUUGGCGGUUGGGUGGGGGUUCCCAAGAAUGGAAGUGAUUGACAUAGAAAACAGCGGCACUCUGUCGAUCCAGCGGGCAACUGUGGGGGAUACGGGUGACUACGUCUGCACGGCGGUGAACUACCGCGGGAAAACUACCAAAACCGUUCACCUGCAGGUGGACAGGAAGCCGUGAAGGUCCUAAUUAAAAGCUAUCCAGAAGGUCCUACUCCUAUAGAAAG